AUGGCUUCGUUUCUGGCCGAUCUGCCCUGCUCAGAUCCACGACACUUUUCGCAACUUCCCGACAAGGAAAUGAAGGUACGUCUGUGGAGUUGGUUGGGGUGCGAUGUUGACCGCAAUUGCAGAAAACUUACUCAAGACGGGACAAAAGAUGUAAAAAUUGCCUAUCAUGUACCACGUCGGAAUGAUGAGAAGCAGAUUACCAACGACAAAAAGCCGUAUAUACUACGUUUCUUGGAGAAACAGUGGGACGUGAGGAAUCAAGCGGAGAAGGAGUCAAGAGUCGACUCGCCAAAAAUGAAAAAGAAAAAGAAGGCAGACGUAAUGAAGAAGCGCGCCAGUAGCGAUGCCCCAUCGACUUCGUCGGAUCCAAAAACGAGAAGACUAAACUAA